AACUAUCGGUUGGUGUUUGCUGGGUGUACUUUUUGCUCGUGUUAAUAUUAAUUUAUUAUACACAGACACGUCGUUCGGGAAAUCGGCGUUAAAUCACAACGCGGACCUUGCGAGGCGGAAGUCGUCCGCCGUCUUGCCGGAACUGAAUUCGCGAGCAGUUGAUCCAGACUCGAGCGUAACGAGUUCUUCCCCAACGAAAAAUACUUGCCUACCGUCACUUGGCAAGGGGAACCCGACGAGGACACUAAGCGAGCAAGCUGACAACGAGUACGGGCGAAGCGAUAUAGACCGCGAAGUGGAAAAUGUCAAGUCUGCAUGGCAAAUGUUACGGGGGGAAAAAUGCUGGACGAGGGGCAAAGAACGCACUAGCAGUGCCCGAACGAAAAAAUUGUACGAGAUGUUAGAGAAGAUGACGUGCGAGAUCGACCGAGUUCAGAGAAAUUAUACGGAUCCCAGGGCGAAUCCUUAUUUGCGCAGAAGCGCGACUAAUGUCCUGAGGCAGGGCGACAAGCCGAACUUACGAGAAGAAGCCGAAGUAGCGAGAAGCGUAAUCUUUCCCGACAGAAAGGCCAGGACCAAAUCGGCCGGCACUUGUCUGAGAAACGUCGACAGCGAAAUUAUUGGGAAGAACAUGGCGAGGGUACGAUUCGACGAAGCUGCGGAGUUUGAUGCGGAAAAAUUACUUCGACCGAAAUACACUGCGAAAAAGCGAUCUAUACACACUGAUACGCACGAGCACGGUAUCGCCAAUGACGUUAGAUCGGCCCACACAAUUGCAUCGAAUAGCUACAACGAAAAACGAGAUAGAGCUGUUACAGAUACAGCGAAGCCGACGUUUACAAGUGGCAGCAAGACGAGGGCGAGAAUCAGAUCUUCCAUCGAGGAAUAUCUGCAACAUUACAGCGAUAAUAUUCAUAGGCCACGCGGCAUCGCAGAGGAGGAGGAAGAGUGCUCUCGAGAAGUAAAACUAUCGGCGAGCGACAUCGCGGAUAUUCUGGCGAGUCACAAUAUUGGACCGCACGUGCUGUAUAAAAAUUUCCAAGGAUGCGGCGACGACUACGAUUCGGGCGAUUGCACGAGUGAAAACGACGAGGAUCGCGCCUGCUCGAACACCGCGGCCAACGCUACGCAAGUUACGUCCGUCGAAACUGCCCGAGAAAAUAGAAAAACUCGCGAUUACACGUCUUUUGGGAAUACGGAAUUGUAUAACGAGACACGGUUGACGAAGGCGGUCGACGCGAGAUCUUUCGAUACUCGGAGACAAUCGAGCGUGACAAAUUGCCAAGAUAACGCCCUUAUUAAAAUGGGAUUGGACAAAGAUUUACCUAGAGAUACGCUGUCGCAAAUACUGCAGUCGGAAUACUUGCGAAAGGACUUGUCUUUAUAAUCCGUGUAACAUCU